UGUGCGUAAAAUCCGUCGUCGAAGAAGAAAAACAUCGAUGCAGCGUAACAUUGUUGUUUUCUUUGCGGCGAACGAAUAGUGAAUAAAGUGUCCAAAUUUGAUUACGAUUAGCACGAAUUAGGGUAGCUUUACGAAAAAAUGUUGAACGACCCACGUUAUGUAGCGCAGCAACACAAGGAUAUGGAGGAAAACAGAAAGGUGGUAGAGGAAGGAAUCGAUUCAACAAUAAGAUUCGGGUUUCGGCUCGUUUGCUCGACGGCCCUGUAUCCGCUCGAGUAUGCCAAAACCCUGAUCCAGCUCGGAUAUGAACCAAUCGCACCCCGCCCCGGACGAACACUGUUUGGUGCGAGGGCUAUGAUGCUACCAAAUAUUUUCCAGUACGCUGCGUACAUUAAAAGCGUCGACGGAUUUUUCGGAUGUUUCCGAGGGCUAGGCCCCCGGCUGCUUGGCAAUGUGCUGAGCUCUUACUACGGUGAAAAACUGGCCCUGGUCGUGGUGGCGAAGCCGGCGACCCGUUUCGAUGAUCCUGCCUUCUGGUACGAGGGAAUGGACAAGGCAGCUUUGGACGAGUACAUGGAGAUGGAGGACGGCGAGGACAAACAGGCGCCGGGGGGCAGUAUGCUCCGCAAAGCCGUAGCGCAUGUAUGCGGUGUGGUCAUUUCUCACCCGUUCCACGUGGUUUCAAUCCGUAUGAUGGCGCAGUUCAUCGGGCGGGAGCAUAUUUACGAUGGGCUGUUCAGCUCGAUCAAGGAAAUCUGGGUGCACGAAGGCAUCCGGGGUUUCUUUUCGGGGCUCAUUCCCCGCCUGUGGAUGGAUUUCUGGUGCAUGACUAUAACGACCGGAAUUACCUACCUGUUUGCCAAGUACGUCGGUGCGAACAAAACGAUGUGCGGGCACGUGAACACGAUCGCACACUUUUCGGUCACGAGCAUGCUCUACCCGUACCAUGUCGUGUCCACGUGCAUGGCCGUUCAAGGAUCCAGGUUGAAAGCCGGUAACCCGCCGAUGAUGGAUCACUACAUCAACUGGCGACACUGCCACGCACGGCUAGUAUUGCAAGGACAGCAUAAGCGAGGAGCGUCAUUCUUUUUCCGAACUGUCGCUAGAGCUCCUGCCAAGCGGACUGAUUCAUUCGCACCAUAUCCGGAACUGAAGUAAUGCGCACUAGCAAGGCGGCAAAAGGAAGAUGUGGAUGAAUGCAAUAGCCGGCAUUACGGUACACACCGCAGCUUUCCUUCAUUAUACACCAUUACGAUUCGUUACUUUCCACCAAAACAAAGCUUCUAGCUGCCAGCCCGACGCGAUGGAACGGGGGCCAGUUCAAAACUAAUGUUCUAUUUUGUGCAUUUAGCUGUUUUUGCCUUGUUUGAUGUACUUCAGUGUUUUGUUUUGUUUUGUUUCGGUGCCAAUCGAGCGUAGAGCGUUGCAUUUAUCAUGUGAUGGAAGGACAACGUUUGAAGCUACUACAUACAUGCAGAUGAAGGGAGCACGUCUGCAUCAAUCAACUCCAUCACGCACCAAAGACGCUCUGCAUGGGGUUUAGAGGGAAUUAAUGUUGCACUACACCGCGUGCAAGAGGAAUCCGCUUCGUUCGCUCCUCAUUACAUGAAACCAUUUAAAUACCUCUUUACCGGAACAGCCAGUCAGAAAUACAAGUAAGAAACCCAAAACCCAA